AUGAGUUCCAAAGAAGAGGCCAAAUCCUCCUCUGGCACCUUGCAUUCUUCAGUUGAAGAACGGAGAAGGAGUCCGCUUGACCACUUGCCGCCUCCGGCUAACUCCAACAAGCCGCUCACCCCCUUCAGUAUCGAAGACAUUCUCAACAAACCGUCAGUUCGCAGGGGUUACACCCUCUGCGGGACCAACCAUCUCCUGUCCCCGACAGACAAACACACACCUUCGGGGAUGCCCCUGAGCGGCCGGGCCGGGGUCCUCACGCAGACAUCGCCUCUCUGUGCCUUGGAGGAACUAGCCAGCAAAACUUUCAAAGGGUUGGAAGUCAGUGUCUUGCAAGCGGCUGAAGGGAGAGACGGCCUCACCAUCUUUGGUCAAAGAUCAACUCCGAAGAAGAGGAGAAAGUCGAGGACCGCGUUCACCAACCACCAGAUUUACGAGCUGGAGAAACGUUUUUUAUAUCAGAAGUAUCUGUCUCCGGCCGACCGAGAUCAGAUCGCCCAGCAGCUGGGCCUGACCAACGCUCAGGUCAUAACCUGGUUCCAGAACCGACGGGCUAAGCUCAAAAGGGACCUGGAGGAGAUGAAGGCGGACGUGGAAUCGGCGAAAAAACUCGCCCCCAACGAGCUGGACAAAAUUACCAAAUUGACCGAAAUGGAACAAACUGCGGCGGAGAUCGGGAGUCAGUCCAGAUCCCAGUCGCCCAUCGCCCUCAAAAGUGCACACGCCAAGACACCAGAUACCCACAUUCCCCCCUCAUCACUAGCAGUGGGGCAUCAGUCCAGGAAAGACUAUUCAGAGGAGGACGAGGAAGAGGAGGAGGAGAUCGAUGUCGAUGACUGA